UUGAUAUUAUCGGUAAAUGAUCGCCAUAAACUGAAAUUGCAAUUAAAAUACAUAUACAAAUGCACAUAAGUGCAGUAUACAAUGCAAUCUGUGACAUAUAACCAAGUCUCACAGACGAAAUAUCACUCUAAUUAUGCGCCCCAAGUGAUAUUUCCCCGAUUUGUACAUAAUCCAAUUAGAUGACCCGCGCAAUUGACUUUAAAUCGCGGCAAUUCACUUUGCGAGUUAGGUGACUCUGAAAAUGUGAUUCUAUAAUCAGUGGAUGUAAACGCCCAGAUGAUAAUUGUAAUUGCCAAUAGCCGACGCUUUUUUGCUCACUUUGCAGCUACUUUUUGAGUUCGCUGAGAAUUUCCCAUACGAUCUGGUGCCCAGUGCUACGUCAUCAAAUGCAUGUGGAACCGGUAAUACAAAAAGCUGAAUACGUUAUCGUUGAGCUUACUGAAUGGGAAGAAACGCGUGCCAUUAGAGUAUGAAUGCUACAAAAAAAUCAGUGGGCAAUGCCUCAGAACAGCUGGGAACUAAACGUCAGGCAGUGGCUGCAUUGGAGGGGGUCUGCUCGUUCGACUAGUCAUGGGUAAGCAGUAGUCUUUUCCAAUGAAAAUCGAGAGGUGUAAACCUCUCUCCCUCAUCCAAGGACUCAAGAGGGAACCAUUAAGAACAACCACCACAGCACUGCCAUAAACCUGGGCUGGCGCUCUUUUUCCCAAUCGAUUUGAUCUGAUGCUAAUGUCGCGGAGUGACGUGCUGAACUAUCGGAAUGCAUCGGGGCUCUCUCUGGCGAUGGAGGCACACUCCUAUAAAACGAACUGGCAAAUUAGAGCCGAGCAACAGAGUGCAAUUGUCAGUGGAACUAAUAGCUUCGAUCGUUGCAGCUGAUCUAAUAAAUCGACUUAGAAUGUGGACCCAACUAUUUGCAGUACUGCUGCUGGCAGCACAAUAUGCUCAAGGCAAACCCUCCAUCGGCCAGAACGAUCUCGGGGGCGACUAUGACAUGGAGAUGAGUGCAUUUAUGGAUAUGCUGCCAGCGGAGGAUGAAAUGCCAGAUGGUAUCGGUUCGCGAUCGUCCUUCUCCGAGGAGCCAGAAUCGGAUGAUAUCUUGGCCUCGUUGGACGAUGAGUACGAGGGCGCCGAGCACUGUGAGUGGAACACCUGCGACAAGGAUCUAAGUGAGUCCCGGGGCAUUGGAUCGUUCUUGGAUCUGAGUUUCAUCAAGAAGAUUGCUGGCAAUCUGAACCCGUUCGGCAGCCACAAGCCCCGCAUGCAGUUCUACCUGUUCAAGCGGGAGUUUCCCGAGUGCGGCCGAGAGCUGGACUUCAGCAGCGAGAAGAAGUGGCGCCACUCCGGGUUCAAUGCCUCCCUGCCCACCAGGCUGAUGAUUCACGGCUGGAUGAGUCAGUCGCGUGGCUCCUUCAAUCGGGACGUGAAGAACGCCUAUCUGAAGCGCGGAGAAUACAAUGUGAUUGUGGCCGACUGGAGUGCCUCUUCAGCGAAUGUCAACUACUUCUCGGUGGUGGGCCUAAUCGAGGUUUUUGGCGCCCAAUUGGCGCAGUUUACGAGGAACCUGAACCGCCAGUACGGCGCCAGCUUCGACAGCAUGUACCUCAUCGGCCACUCGCUGGGCGCCCAGAUUGCCGGAUCCGCGGGGAAGCGACUGAAGCCCGACCAGGUCAACACCAUCUUCGCCUUGGAUCCGGCGGGUCCCAAGUUCCGGCAUCGCAGCGCCGAGUUCCGCAUCGAUCCCACGGACGCCAAAUACGUGGAGUCCAUGCACACGAGUGUCAACUUCGGCUUCCGCCGGCCCACAGGCAGUGCGACUUUUUAUCCGAACCAUGGCACCAUUCAGCCGAGCUGCUACUAUCUGGGAUGCUCGCACAUCCGCUCCUACGCGAUGUUUGCCGAGUCCAUCAAUUCCCCCAAGGGAUUCUGGGGCACGCCCUGCACGCGCGACAAUGGUCGGUGGCAGUGCGACCAGAGCCAGCGACAGACUGUCCAAAUGGCUGGAGAGCCAGCGCUGCAUAAGAGGGGCAUUUUCUAUGUGAAGACCUCGGCGAGUGAUCCCUUCGCUUUGGGCAGGGAAUAGACCCAAACUUAUGAAAUAGAUUUACGAUUUAAAUUAAUGCAAAAUGUGAUUGAAGUCUUGCAACUAAGACAAAUACAAAUGAUCUUUAAGAAUGAUA